AUGGUAGUCCAUGUUCAAAAUUCGACCGUUGGAGAUUCAAAUUCAAAUGAAAGGGUUACUAAUUCACAACCAAAUAUAUCGAGACAAGUGGAGAACAUUGGUGGUGAUGAAGGAUGUUUAUUUUUAACAAUUCCAGAGGAAGUGGUGGAAAUGAAUAUGCUCUCUGACAUUGAAAAUAGGGUGGUCUUGAAACUGGGAGAUCUACAAUUAUCUCAUACAGAGAGUAUGGAGAAGGUAAUGGAGGCAGCAGAAUUGAUGUUGAUGCAUUGUUGUAUGUAUGGUGGAGUUUAUGAAGGUAACAAAACUGUUCUUAAAGAAGUGGUUAUGAAUCAAGUUUUGAAGUAUAAAGAAAGAUUUAGAGAGGCAAAUGCGGAGAAGAAUGUGGUUGCAGCUGAAAGGAUUGAUGUGAACUGGAUGAAGGAAUUGGAGUUGGUUGAAGUAGACAAUUCCAAUUCAACUCAGUUGUUGAAUGUGUUACCAAAUCAAUUGGAGGAAACAAAAAUUAUGAAGAUGAACAGGUGGUUUGUGAAGCAGCUGUGGUUUGAUGAUGAUUUUGAUUGGAUCUAUAUUCCUUCAGUGGGAAUUAAUGGUAAUAGUGGGGGUUUGUUUUCAAUUUGGAAUACAAAUAAGGUGGUGAAGGUGGAGGAGAGAAUUGGGGUUAACAAUAUUACAAUUGGAUUGUGUUCCAAGGUGAAUGGAGAUAAAUGGGCAGUGUGUAAUUUGUAUUCUCCUUGUGGUUAUUCUGAAAGGGAGGGUUUUUGGCAGGAUUUAGAUGCAGUGAGAAGCUGGUGGAGUGGUUCAAUUUUUUUUGCUAGUGAUAUGAAUGCUGUGAGAGGUGAAGAAGAAAUAAAUAGAGGAGAAGGUGAUAAUAUAAAUAAUGGGUUUCUUAAUAAUUUUAUUCUGGAACAUGAAAUGGUUGAUUUACCUUUGGUGGGUGGAGAUUUCACAUGGUCUGAUAUGCAUGAGGAUCCUCUUCUAUGCAGGUUAGACAGAUUUCUUUUGAGUGUAGAUUUUGAUUUAUUGUUCCCCGAUUCAAUUCAAAUUUCCCUUACAAGAGUGAACUUGAAAUAUUUCUUGAAGGAAUGGAGUAAAUUGGAGUUUGGUGGUGUGAGACAAGCAAAGAUUGAGAUUACUGAGAAGAUUAAUAUGUUGGAUCAGAUGGAGGAGACACAUAAGCUGACAAAAGAGCAAUUUGAAGAUAGAAUGAACAGUUUAUUGAAAUUGAGUAAUAUCAAGGAUAUUGAAGCAAGAAAAUGGCAUGUGAGAGCUAAGCAGAAUGAAUUUAAAUAUGGAGAUUCUAAUACUUCUUAUUUUCAUAGUAUUGAUAGUGCAAGGAGAAAGAGAAAUACUAUAGCCAAAUUGGAAGUUGAGGGUGUUGAUUGUUUUGAUCAAGAAGAAAUUAAGGCAGAAAUGAGAAACUAUUUUGAAUCUCUUUUUUCUGAAAAGAAUGUAUCAUUUUCUUUGGAUAAUAUUCAUUUUCCAAGGCUAGAUGGGGAGGAGAAGGGUAAUAUGGAGAAGGAAUUUAUAGAAGCUGAAGUUUAUGAUGCUGUGAAGAAAUUUAGUGCUAACAAAUCUCCAGGGCCUGAUGGCUUUUCUAUGGAGUUUUAUAAAUUCUGCUGGCCUAUUAUAAAGGAUGAUUUUAUGAAGUUAAUGGAUGAAUUUUUUAGAUUUGGAUCUUGGGAUUGGAGGCUGAACUGUUCUUUCAUUUCAUUGGUUCGAAAAAAAGAAGAUUUUUGUGCUCCAAAGGACUAUAGGCCUUUGAGUUUGUUAGGGAGUGCAUAUAAGAUUUUGUCAAAGGUGUUGGCUAACAUAUUGAAGAAUAUGAUGCACAAAAUGGUUUCUGAUUAUCAAGGGGUUUUCAUAAAAGGGAAAUAA